UAAAUGGGAACGGGCACAGGGAGAGGGCACUGGCUGAGAGACACAUGGGGCACCUCGGGGACAUCCUGUCCAAGUACGAGGAGGAGCGGAGCUCAGCCCUGGCCUUCGCCCUGAGCACGUUCAUGGCCCACGCCGGGAUCCGGGGCCGGGAGUGGCGCAGCCGUGAGAGCGAGAAAAUCCCCGAGAGGGACAAGUGGCUGCCCUUCUUCCCCAAAGCCAAAAAGAGCAGCAGCUCCAAGAAGGAGAAAGAUUCCCUGGAGGACAAGAGGAGGAAUCCGAUCCUGAAAUACAUCGGGAAACCCAAAAUCUCCUCCCAGAGCACAUUUCAUGUUCCUUUGUCCCCCAUGGAAGCCCUAAAGCCCGGCAAUGUCCGCACCAUGAUCCAGCACUUUGAGAGCAGCCAGGGUGACCCCGAAGCCGAGCCCGGCCCCGGGCAGCGCCUGUCGAGUGGGAGCUGCCCCGACGAGCUGCUGGAACCCCACAGGUGAGAUUUAUGGGAUUUAAAUUGGGA